UCAUGCCUGUCUGUGAAAUAAGCACUGGCCGUGCAGCAGCUGUCAAGGAAGGACCUUACUUGGAGCUCACAAGGUGCAGCCACGCAUCACAGUGCAUUAUCAACACACUGGUGGGGUGAGACACAACAUCUUAUUGACAAUGGCAUCCCAUUUUGGAGUUACCCUCCUUUUCUUCUCAGUCUGGAUUGUGGGGUUCACAAUACAGGACACUUUUGAUUUGACAGAUAUUGUCACUUCAAGCUGCAGGAUUGGUGGCAUAAGUCAUGUUCAGGAUAGGAAAAAACGUAAUUUUGAUUUCACGGAAGCAGAAGCAAUUUGCAGGCAGCUGGGACUAAGAAUAGCAACUAAACCUGAGAUUGAACAUGCUAGAAGUCAUGGCUUUGAGACCUGCAGUUUUGGCUGGGUAGCAGAGCGAUAUACGGUCAUUUCUCGCAUUGUUCCAAAUACAAAAUGUGGUCAGAAUAAAACUGGAGUGGCCACCUGGAGACAAGACGCAAAAAGGAAAUUUGGUGUUUACUGUUUCAAUUCUUCAGACAUAUGGAAAAAUUCCUGUAUACCAGAAGUAAGUACAGUUACAAUAUCAGAGAGUUCCACAGCGAUGAAUUCUACUCCAGCCAUCACAUCUCAAGACACUUCAGCAAUAGUUCAAACAUCAGAGGCACCACAAACCAAGCCACUACAGAAGUUAUAUCGUCUUAUAUGUGUAACAGAAAUUUUAACACCAGGACCAACUACUAUGGAGGAAAUACUAUUUGCCACUGACAAACACACUGCUUUUAAAAAUGAUGGUGUCCUGUUUGGAGCUGUUCCAACUGUUCUUCUUGUGCUUGCCCUCAUUUUCUUUGCAGCCGCAGUUGUAUUAGCCAUCUGCUAUAUCAAAAAAUACAAGAAAACAUUUCCAUUUUCCAACAAGGAGGAGAAGAAAGAAGAAAUUGAAACCAAGAAUAUCAAAGAAACAAAGACAAGCAGCAAAACACUAGAACAGGAAUCAAAGAAUGGGAAAAAGUCAGAAGAGCCUCAAGUCAAACAUGAACCAACAGUAAAAUGUUUGGAAGCAGAAGUUUAAGAAAGGUCAUCCAAAUGGACAGUUCUUAGAUCAAUAAAUGGCAGGAAUUAGCAAAUACUUUAUAAAUGGAUAACUGUAAAUACUGCCAGUCAGUAUAAUAUCUUUUUAUGCAAACAGUUUGUAUGUUAUGCAUAUUAGAUAUACUUUAUCAUGCUAUGAUAUGCUACUUUCUCAGGCAGAACUAUUUUUAGUACAGUAACACCAGUACAGAUUUUCAAGUGAGUUUAGUGUGGAUAAUAAAUACCAGGUAUUAGCCUCAAAUUGGCCCCAGUUGUGUCAAGAUACACUUUAAGCAAAAAACAAAAACAAAAAAACCCCUCUGGUUCAAAUAACAGGUCAUUUCCCCCCUCAUAAAGAAUUGCAUAAGGAAACUUCUAUAAGUGAACUAGGUGAUACAGUGAAAGAAUGCCCAAAUAUUUUAUUGACUGUGGUAGGUGUGCACUCGCUUGCUCUUCUCCUCCUCCCCCUGCUAUACAAACACAUAUGCUGCUCCAGUUGUAGAAAGGUGGUCUCCUUUUGCUGUCUGCUUCAUCAUAGAAUUCCAAAACUGAAAUUCUUAUGAAGAGGAUAGGGAAAUACUUGAUUUACACGGACGUAUAAUAAUACCACAACUGCAAAUGAUUCUAGCCAAACUUCUUGGGAAAAUAAUCCUAAACAAUCUUCUAAAGAUCUUACUUUGGGGAAGUUUAUAAUUCCACUUCUCGAGAUUUAUUCAGAAAUAUUUUUUUAAAGCCCACAAAUCACAGACCAUCAACUGUAAAUUAGAGGCAAAAUAUAAAAAUCAGGAUCAUAAAAUCUGUCCCUUAUAUUGUCAUAUUGUCAAACAGUCACUUUUAUAUCUACUAGGCAGACAACAAACAGUGCAGUGCUAAGUGUAUUUACUCCGAAUGAUGUUUCAUUGUAUUUAAUGGAGAUUACUCUCUGGUGUGUGUAGGAUUACAGCACAAGAUCUCAUUAUCAUAAUCAGUGAUUUUAUUUAUUAAUAUUGCAUUGAAAUAAAGUACAAGCUACAUAGUUAUUUCUAUACUAUUGCCAGGUAGUUAUGCUUGGAUGUAAUAUUUUUAAAUAACAAAUCAGAUUACAAUUGUUAUGAAAGGUUUUCAUACUGAUUUUGCAAUGAUUAACUUAAUAAAAAUACCAGUAAUAUAUUGA